AUGUCACGUAGCAGCGUAUACGGCGAGGGGUGCGCCGGAUGGGUAUACAAGCAAGGCUCGUUGGUCAAGAACUGGAAGAAGCGGUUCAUGGUGCUGCGCGAGCGGCAGUUGACGUACUACGACACGGACAUCGUGACCCCAACGGUCAAGGCAAAAGGCAGUUUCCAGGUGAUCACGGUCGAGCUGAGUCCUGAGAUUCAGAACGGAUUGCUGGUGCACGGCUGUGGGGGUCGCGUGCUCAAGCUCUACACGCUGUCAGCUGAAGCCACAGGUGCCUGGUACAAUCUGAUACUGGACGCUACUAUGCUGGCUCCACAGCAGUUUACGCCGAUCCCUUUCGACCGGUUCUCGACCUCGUCAGCCUUUUUGAGUGCGGCUGAGAAAAGACUGAGUAUUGACGUGGAAAGGAACCAGAGAGAGGACGAGGCAGCCGAGUUGUUGCACCGAUUGGAGCCAGCUCCUUUGAGUAUCAACGUGGGUACGAAGCAAGUGACGCACAUGGGGUGGCUGAAGAAAGAAGGAGCACGCGUCAAGAGCUGGAAACGGCGCUACUUUGUACUGCGUGGAAGCGUCUUGUCGUACUUUGACUCGGAAGAUACGGGAGCAGCGGCUAAGGGGUACGGUCAUGUGCGAGCAGUGGAGAUCGAUGGCAAAGUGAAAAGGGGGCUGGAUAUCAUGUUUGAUACUGGACGAUUGUUGCGUGUUUCGGCUCGAACCAGCACCGAGAUGCAAGUCUGGCUGUCCAGGUUGAGCGAUGCCAUUGAAGCGACUAAUAUGGAGCAAAGCCAUUUGCGGCAAUCAUUGGCGGCACAUGCACCGCUGCGUUUGUCGUUCGUUGGUGUACCGGUACUAGCAAGAAUGACGCAAGAAUGCCAGCAGCACGACAAGCGUCAUUGGAACGCAGGAAUUCCUGAGCGGCAUUCACAAGCGUUCGUACCGUCGAAACCAAUGGGAGUGACAGCCAAAGUCCCCCGAACGCCGCAGCGACUGACUGUAAACAAAACGCACUCGUCGUCGUCUUCGGAUGGGUCGUAUAUUCCAUCGGGCCUGUCGUCGCAGAUGUCGUCAUCCAGCUCACACGACUACUCGAAUUUUUCUGCGAGCGGCGCUUCAUCAGUGGAAAAGCCGAUGGUGCACACGGAUGACGCUUCUGUCUUGCACUCGUCGUCAAGUUCCACAUCUUUUGACAGCGACGUUGACUACGAUAGUGACGACAGCGAAGGCGACUGGAUUUAG